CAAAGAUAGGGCCAAAUUUGAAGCACAUGGCUCAAUCCCAAAUCCCAUCAAACUCUGCAGACUAGCUGAGCAUGUGAGGCUUCGAGGCAUGAAGAGGACGAUCCAGCGGCGUGCUUCGAACACACGUUUACCUGGAUGAGGAGCCAAACUUGGGCCGUCUAACCCACCCUAACCGCACUAGCUGGGCGGCUUCUAAGGUGGGGUUCAUCAUGCUGACCCCACGGUUCAGUCUACGGCAAGAUGACGAUUGCCUCUAUGCGACCAUCCACGCACCCUUCACCAAUUUAUCCGAGACGGAGGUGUUCAUGGCCGACCAGGAUUUCCGAUUCUUCUCCAAACCUUACUUCCUCCGACUGCAUUUACCUCAUGAAGUGGUGGAGGAUGAUCGAGCCACUGCCAAGUAUGAGGCUGAUUCGCGAUCCUUCAUCGUCACGGCCCCCAAGAAGAAUCACGGGCAGUUCUUUCCCGGGUUAGAUAUGCUGACCUCGCUCUUAACGCCUCAGGGCAAUGAGAGUCUCAGGCCCACGGGUGGCCAUCAUGGCGCGGUUUCGGUGGGGAUUGAGGUUCUGGAUGCUCCGGGGGAAGAAGAGGAGACUGACAUCGAUUGGUAUUUCGAUCAGCAAAUCCCCGAAUCCGAGCCGAAACCCGCUUCCGAUUGCGAGUCCUCGCUCUUGAUCAGGCGUGAGGAAUUCCGCUAUGGAUUCGCCUUCACUGAGCACGGCGUGUUCGAACGCCUUUUGAGCGAGUAUCAGGAGCUGUUGGACAUUAAGGAUCCGGAUCACACUAAUCACAUGCAUCGACGAGCCCUUCGAAUCGCCAAAGAAAAUGAAGACUUUAGCGAAGACCACUAUUUGGCCGACCUGUAUGACUCGGACCAGAUCCAGUAUUAUCUCCAGGCUGCUAACCCCUGGCAAGAUUUGCUCCAAAACGAAUCGGAUUUGGAGGAUUGGAGCUUGACUGACGUUGAAAGAGAUAAACUUAUUGCCUUGCCAAAGAAAGAGUACUUGAUUGAGCCAGACAGCCUCCAAAGCGUCUACUAUGGGCUGAUCGAUAUUCUUUUCGCUUACUGCUACGAUCUCAGGACCACGGAUGGGGAGCACUCCUCAGAGUCCGGUUGGACCCUGGCCAAACUGAGUGCCACCCUAUCGUGUUGUGAAAAACACGUGUCUCUGCGUUCGUGUAUUAUUGUGAGUCUGCGGCGUGCCUUGCUUUAUCCCUUGUAUCGGCAUUACGAAUUGGCUUUACGAGUGUUCCAAGAUGUGGUGGAGCUCUUGCAAGUGGGUAAAUUGGCCAUAGUCAAGACUCUGGUGGACAUCAUGCCUUUGAUGCGCGAGAGCGAUGGCCGCUACAUCUUCAAUCAGCUCUACAUUGAGCCCUAUACGGUGUGGAUACAGACUGUGCAUCCGGCACAUGUUCGAUCUUUGUCCGAAGCUUUGGCCAAGAAAUUGGCAUCCGUCGACAAAGAGGAUCUGAACCUGGACCUCGAGGAAAUCGAGCAUGUGGCCCGGUUGACCUUGGAGGAUCAAGCCUUGCAUGAUAUGGAACGGGUGUCCAAUCAAAUCUCCGGGAUAAAUCUCCAAGACCAAUCCGAAACGAGCGACGACUCGAGUAGUGAGAGCUCCCCGUGCUCCUCAACUUCCGAAGACUCGUUUGCGAGCUCGGAAGAUGAAGACCAAUCAACAGAGGAACAUGACAAAGAGAAGCCGGGAGACGCUCCCAAUCAGAUAUCCUGAUAUCAUUCGUUAUUGCUCUAAUGGUUUAUGAAG